AUGAUUUUUCACUCAAGAACGUCAUCGGUAGAGAGUCUUGUGCCUUCAACUGUAGACAACAAAAGCGGGUGGGCCUGGGUGUUCAUCUUCGUGUCAUUGUCAAUAGUAGCUUUAUCAGUGAUAGUGCGUAUUUCCGUAAGGGAAAAACCAUACAAAGCUGAUGAUGCUUUCAAUUUCCUCGCACAUGUUGUAGCUCUUGUUGUAUGGAUCUUCUGGGCCAUAUCUUUGGUGUAUGGUCUUGGACGGUCCUUCCGCGUUCUUGAUGACAACGAGAUAUCCAACACCCAAUUGUAUUUCUUUUUGAGCUAUGUCUUCCUCAACAUCCCGAUCGCCUUAUCCAAAAUUUCUUUCUUUUUGCUUGUCAAGAGGAUCUUUGCACAAACAGAGUCCAUUUCAGGCAGAGUUUUAGGAAGCACUAUAGGUCUUAUUACUGCAUGGUGUAUUGCUAGCAGUUUUGUCGUACUGCUUAGCUGUUCACGAGCUACUCUUUUGCCAAACGCUGGUGCUGAAUAUUGUGUCGACUCGACAACUGGCUUCAGAGUUAUUGCCGCAUUGGACUGGUUUCUUGAACUGAUCGCAAUGGCAUUACCGAUAUAUGGCUUCUAUUCAACCUCGAAUCCUUGGAAAUAUAUUAAAACUCUUAUCUGGAUGGUUCUUGUGAGAGUUCCGAACAUUGUUCUUUCAGUCAUGCACAUUCUAUUCUACUCCAAGUACAUGAAUGAGCGUCAAUCCGCCAUUGAUAUUGUUCCAACCUUCAUUUGGGCAAUUAACUUACUGACUUACAACCUCAUAUCUGCGACACUUCCAUCACUGAUGAAAUUGACCAAAAUUUUCGGGACCCAAGGCGUAGCUGUGGGUAAUUUUGAUAGCGAACGAGAAGCCGCAGGAACAAAUUCCAAGACAAAUCACAGCCUUGCAAAUUUGGAUGAGUACCGGACAUACCCUCCAUCAACUUUUAGUCGGGAAUCUGAACAGCAUUUCAUAUCAAGUCGACAACGCAAUCCAUGA